GCAGGGAUCGCGCUCGGAUUUAUCGCGAUUGGGAUUUGCUUUCCCCGCACGGAGCCCGCACGCCCUUGGAUUACGAUCGCGCCAUGACUCUGGAGGAGCUGGUGCCUUGCGACAGCAGCAGGAUGCAGGCGGUGAGCGAGGCCGUGGAGCGGGUGCUGGUGGCAGCGCAGCACCAGGACCGGCUCACAGUGGGUGUCUAUGAGUCCGCCAAGCUCAUGAAUGUGGACCCUGACAGCGUGGUGCUGUGCGUGCUGGCUACUGACGAGGAGGACGAAGGUGACAUCGCCCUGCAAAUCCACUUCACCCUCAUCCAAGCCUUCUGCUGCGACAACGACAUCCACAUCCUGCGCGUCCUGGGCAUGCAGCGCUUGGCCACCAUCCUGGGGGAGCCUGAGCCCGGCUCCGAGCCCCGUGACCUCCACUGCCUCUUAGUCACGAACCCGCACACGGACGCCUGGAAGAGCCAAGGCUUGGCGGAGGUGGCCAAAUACUGCACUGAGAGCCGCGACAGGAACCAGUGGGUGCCGUUUGUGUGCCUGCAGGAGCGCUGAGCCAGCCCCGGCCCAUGCCCGGCUCUGUACCUGAAAAAGGAGGGGGGAAACAGUAUAAACGGCA